AUGGCCAUCACUCAAGAUGAUAUGGACUCGCUGGCUCGAACGCUCUUCAUCCCCGUAAUGCUCGUGCUCGACUCGGCCAUGUUCCAGUACCUCGUGAUGGUGUACUACUCGAGGAGAGAGGAAACCCGCGUCCGACUUCUUCUGUUGGCGUCGUUCCUCGGAUUCGCGACUCAAGAGACGAGCCUGCAGCUGACGUUCCUCGCCCAGAUUUCUCUCAUCGGCCGCGCUGUCUGCACCAAGGUCAAAGUCCGGGGAAUUUACUGGUUCACGUGCAUCUCAGAGGUGCUGGUUGCGUUGUGUUGGCUUGACGUGGUGUGCACAACCUUAGAAGUCGCGGAUGUCAUCCAAGGAGACCUGUUUCAUUUGUGCGGGAACGUGCUCGAGUCCUUCUCGCUCCUCUUCGUGCUCGCCUUUCGCUUCUACUAUCUAUCACUGACGAACGGCUUUCGCUCGGUGCUGCUGGAGCGCAAGCUCGACAUCUCACUUUACGUGAUUUUUGUGCUUCAUGAGUUCCCGUUCAUCGUCCUUGAGCACAAAACCGGCAUCUCGUGGGAAUUUGCGCAGGGAAUUUUCAACCGGAUCAUGAUCGUCGCCUGCAUCCUGCAAAACCUCCGGCAGAAGGCGCUCCCAAGCAGUGGCAACAGCAGCAGCGCCAAGGGCAAGACGUAUGCCAUUGGCUCCAUCCCUACUCGAAUCGCAUCGUUGAAGUCCCAAGGCUCCAUUAUCAGAAAUGCUCUUGUCUCGAAAACGGGCUCGUUCCGGUAG